AUGUCGCACUUAUCGCCACAUGUUGCACAUGCACACCCCACAUCCACGUCCACGCGUCCGGUCCCAAACUUCCACUACCUGCUUUUCACACCGCAUACCCACUCCUCCUCUCUUUCUCCCUUCUUCCACGCCCGUGCUGCUCCCGGCCGUGCAAUCCCUCUCAGCUGCUCCUUUGCAUGGAUUAGCAGCGCAACUCGCUCGGAGACCAUUGUGCUGUCGCCCGACCUCUUCACCAUCACCACCACAAACUCCGGCUCGACCAAGCGGAAGCAGGGCAGCACGCUAAUGGUGCGCGCCAUUGUGGUGCAGAACUUGAACUCCCCACAGCCGCUGCCACCCCCGCCAGUGCAUAGCCUCGCUGCCCAAAGUCCCAUCCCUCCUCCGCCUGCCCCUGCCGCGCGCUCAGCAGCUAAGCCGCCAGAGCUGGUGUGCAUGAUUGUUGGGAUGGAGCAGGAGGAGUACCGGUUUGGCAAGACACUGAGUGAAGCGGAGAAGCAGUGGGUGGUGGGGUCAGCACCACCGCCCGCGACGAGCCGGGGUGUGCCGGCAGCAGGCGCGGCGGCGACUGCGAAGAGCGCGAAUGCGAAGCUCGCAGAUGUGAAGAGAGCGGAUGUGAUUGAAACAGAUGUUCGUCAGGAAAGUGCACCUAGUCCCACUGUCCCACUUGAUACGCCCACCGCCACUGCUGCUCCUCCCAGCGCCACAGCUGCUGCUCCAGAACCUUCGCCUGCACCCGAUGCGAGUAAAGCGACAGGGAGCAUUUUUUAUGAGGCUAGUAACGAGUCCGUCCAGGCUGGAAGCAGCGGGGCAGACGAGAUGGGGAGUAACGAGGGGAGCCUAAAUGCGAGGCGAGCAGGCAGGUCUAAGAAGGUUGCCUUUGCUCUUCCGCCCUCAGAGACAGGCGAAUCAGCUCAAGGAUUCACUCAGGCAGUUGGCGGGGCUGCGGAUGGUGAUGGCCGUGAUAGGCCUGAGACUGGGGAUUCUCCAGUGCCACAGAUCGAAUCCCGACCUUCAGUUGAAUCUCAACCGUCCGCUGCAUCUUCACCGUCCACUGCGCCACCAGCAGAGAACCCCAUAGAGUCAGCUCUCGCCGUGGCAUCUGAUUGGCUCAGGCAGCACCGAAUAGGAGCGCGCGCAGUGGCUGCCAUCGAUCAUGCGAUUCACAACAUGGGACCAGCAGCACAGCAGGCGGCGCAGGCCGGGCGGCAGCUGUGGGCGGCGUAUGGGCGGCAGGCGGUGGGGGAGGUGGUGAAGUGGCCGAUGCUGGUGCAUGUGUGCAUGGGCGUGGGGCUCACGUUCCUGCUCUGCCAGACGGGCUUCCUCCUCUCCCUGCUGCUGCUGCCUUGGGCUGUGCUCUACUUCUGGCUGCUGUGGACGCACCACUACGAGCGCCUCAAAGUGGCAGUCAGAGCAGCCCCCACCUGUUGCCCAUGCUCGUCCUCCCCCUUCACCCCCUUCCACCCAUGCAUGCAGGUGUGGACGCACCAUUACGAGCGCCUGAAAGUGGCAGUCAGAGCAGCCGUGCGCAUCGAGCAGCUCAUGUCGCGGGCCAUGCCCGAGUCAGAAACGGCCUUCUGGGCGUCGGUGCUGCUGGCCAAGGCGUGGCCUCUCUUCCUCAACGACCUCGUCUCCUCCAAGCUCAUGCCCAAAGUCGCGCCCUGGUUCCUCUCCCGAUACAAGCCGCCCAUGCUCGCGAAGGUGGAGGUGGUGAAGGCCAACUUCGGCGACACAGCGCCAGUUAUCACAUCCAUAAAAGCGUUCCGGGAGGGAGGAGGGCGGAACCAUGUGGAGCUAGAGGCGAGUGUGGAGCUGGUGGGCGCGGACAACAUGAGUGUACAGGCCACGGCAUAUGUGGCGGGCAUGGCUAGCAUCCCCUGGACCGCCUACAUCACCGGGCUGCAGCUCACCGGCACGAUGCGGGUGGGGCUGCGGUUCCGGCGCUCGCUGCCCUUUGUGGACCGCGUGACACUGAGCUUCGUGAGGCCCCCCCAGGUGUCGUGCGCCAUCAAGGUCAUGGGCGCGCUCGACGCCGCCAGCAUGCCGCUCGUCGCCUCCUAUGUGGACUACACGCUUCAAAACGCGCUCAAGACUUCCCUCUGCUGGCCCAACCGGCUGGUGGUGGUGGAUGCGGUGAGGGCAGCUGCCUUUGUGCUGGACCUGCCGGUGCCGCCCCCCACGGCCGAGGAGAUCAGCAUCGUCACUCCCCGCCCUGUUACCAAGAGCAAGAGUACCCUCUCUGCUAUCUCAAAAAAGUUCCUUUCCAAAAAAGGCACGGCCCCCACUGCCGGCUUGCCAGCUGUCGCCACGCUAUUGGUCGAAGUCAUCGAGGCAAAGGAUCUCCUGGCAGCAGAUGCGGGCGGCACAUCUGACCCCUAUGUGAAGGGUUCGAUCGGUGCCGCCCGCUUCCAAACCACGGUCAUCUCGAAAAAACUCAACCCGCAGUGGAACCAAAAGUUUGAGGUGCCCGUGGCGGACUGGUCGCUGCCCGAAAGCUACACUCUGGUACUGCGCGUGAAAGACUACGAUAUGUUUUCGGCAAACGACGCGAUCGGGCGGGCUCAGAUGGACAUUAGUGCUGUGAGGGGGGCUGGGAGGAAGGAGGAGUGGCUGUCACUAGUGGACGGCGGAAAUGGAAAGAUCAGAGUGGCUGUGGAGGUGAAGGAGGACGGGGGUAUUGGGGCUAGCGGCAGUGAUUCUGAUCCUGCUGGCCCUUCAGCUUCUGCUGCUGCUGCUGCUGCUGCUGCUGCUGGUGCUGGUGGAAGGCGAGUGGAGAGAGCAGCGUCAGAUGCGUCAACGUCCACUCUGGAGUCUUACUCUCAGGACUCCCAGUCUGUGUCUCCUGCCCGUUCAGAGGAUGCUGCUCGCGCUGCUGCUCCCACCACAGCCACAGUCGUUCCCCGUUCAUCCACCUCCGAGGCCGUCCCCUCCCAGUCUCUCCCCACGCCCUCCUCCUCCUCCUCCUCGUCAACCCCCAAAGGCAGCAGCUGGUUCCGUGGCCUGGCCAGCACCGGCCGAGGCAGCCGCAACGGCCGCCCCACCAGCAGCAGCACCUCAUCCCAGCCUAUCUCACUUGACGAAACCACUUCUGGGGCCACAACUCCUAAGGACAUGGCGCCUGCAGCGAAAACGCCCAAGGAGGGAACCCCGCGGUCAGGCAGCCGGAGCUGGUCGUUCAAGUCGGGGUCGCUCAGGCGCCUGGGGUCGGGCGCUGGUGGCAGCUUGGGCAUUGCCGUGGCGACCGUUCACGUGGAGGUGAUUGAGGCUGACUCACUCGUUCCUGCCGAUCAGAUCGGUACAUCUGAUCCCUACCUGAAAGGCUCCCUGGGCUCUUCCAAAUUCUCCACCAAAAUUAUUUUCAAGACGCUCUGCCCGCGAUGGAACGAGAAGUUUUCGCUGCCCGUGAAGGAAUGGCCGCCUGCGGGCAGCCCUUUCCUGUUGAAGCUGAACAUUUUCGACCGUGACAUGCUGACUCAGCACGACCCUCUAGGGAGCGCUGCCCUCGAUAUAAUGCCGCUCAGGGACGGUGCAAGGCACGCCCUGUGGUUGAAACUAGAGAAUGUGACUACAGGGAGGGUGCAUGUGACUGUGACUGUAGAGGAUCACCUUGGGCCGGCAGAGACUGAUGAGGAGGAGAACGAGUGUGUGGAAGGAGGGGAGGAGGGUGGGGAUGGGAAGGCAGGUGCUGGGAUAACAGAUGCACAAGAAUCACCUUUCCAGACGUCGGCACGUUCGUCCAAGAAGCAAGCGAGCAAGGCACCUGCACUCACCAGUAUUCCCUCAGGGCAGGAGCUCGCAGCCAUGGCUGACCCCCCUGCUGCCUCGUCCUUUGGCCCUUCCAGCCCCCCGCCUGCCAGCGACUCUCCUGUAGCGGGGAAGGGGGGAACAGGAGAGGCUGGGGAGGCAGGGGCGGGGGCAGAAGGAGGAGGCUGGGAGUCUGACGCGCAGGGGCGGCAGGGAGUGGAGAAGGAGGUGCCGCAGGUCUGGGUGGCGCAUGUGGAGAUCAUAGAAGCCACGGAUCUGGUCGUUGCUGACAUGACAGAUCGAGACACCUUCUCUUCGGAUGAGUCAAUAGGCAAGGCGAAUGUCAACUUGAACGUGUUACGGGAUGGGCAGCGCCACGCGCUCUGGUUACCGUUACAAGGAGUGAAGAGCGGCAAGGUGCAUGUGGCGGUGACGUUGAUGGAGCAAAACGUGGAGUCUAAUGUGGUGGUGCACGAGCUAAUGCCUGGCUGUGUCAUCGAGUGUUAUGAUGCGAUCAAGCUGGUGCUCUAG